AUGUUGUUCGCAAAUGCGCGCAAGAUUGUGAGCGUGGGGUCAAGGAGUGGGGUCGUAUCAUCGAAGAAGAAGUCCUUCGUCGAUUUCACCUGCUUGCUUUCCCGGUUCAAGGCUUUCCACAAUAGCCGGCCGGGCAACUUCUCACCGGACAUGCCUAAGAAACACGAAACCCCUUCCUCCAAACCACCCAAGUCCUCAAGCACUCGAGCCAACUCAGACCUUGUAGUGAGACAAGUAUCACAUGUUGACACCUCUGGUAGAUCAUCACCUCCACCAAACCCUUCAUCUCGCAGAUCCGAACUCGCAGAUCGGCCUGCUCGCACUACCAACGCGGGAACCGGUCGAAAUCGGACGAGUCCCACACCAGCCGUCAUCGAUAACUAUCUGGCUUACCGCAAGCAAGCGUUCAUCAAGAUAUUCAUGGCGAGAGUCUGCGAAUGGCUUGACGACAACGUCUAUUACCUUGGGGAUGCUCAAGAUCAAGACGGGGACUGUCAGCGCGGUUCGAAGGCUUCCAGAUCAGGAGGCGUCAAUAAGAGAAGGGCUGCGGAAGCGCGUCCUGUAGCUGGUCAGAAGCGGCAACUCAAGGGGCGUGAUCAAGACGACGAAGGAUCCGGAAGCGACGAGAACAACGAGCAGAAGCCUAAUAAAAAGCGCACGAAGACUGACGAGGAUGAUGACCGUCAAAAGUUUGCAUGCCCUUACUACAAGAACGACCCCGUAAGAUACAAGAGCCAUCGAACCUGCGUUGGUCCUGGUUGGCACGAGAUUCACCGGGUUAAGGAGCACCUCUAUCGCAAGCAUCGCAUCUACGCCUGCAACAGGUGUUUUGAGGCCUUCAAGAGCGAAAACUCACUUCACGAGCACCAAAGAGCAGACGUGCCUUGUCCUGUACUUGACAAGAAGAAGCGCAAGCUGGACCCAGGUGCGGGGAUGGAUCAAGAGACGGAGAAGCACCUCAGAGUGCGUAGGCAACCCGGUAAGCACGACGCCGACAAGCAAGACGAUGUCAGCAAGUGGUACGAAGUAUAUUACACCUUGUUUCCGGGGACGCAAGACAUUGGAAGCCCUCCAAGUCCUUGGUAUGACGCCAGCCCGGACAAGACGAAUGCAGGCGACUCCAACUCGAAAGAUGUGGAGUUUCUUAAGUACUUGCGGCGUGAAUUGCCCCACAUGAUCCAGCGCGAGCUCGAAAAAGAUCUCAAUCGUUCAUUUGAGAGAUAUGGAGACGGUCUCAUGCACAGCCUCUCGGUCUGGAUCCGGAACAGCUCGGCUAGGUGCGCCCAGAUCUUUGAGCACAUACCCUCACCUGCGCAGGUGGCGGACCUGGAUGAUCCCGAAACUGCGCGAGGAUCUCGGGCGGUGUCGCCGCAGGUGUCACCCGAUGCCAACUUGACUGUUGGUAUCGAUGAAGAUACCGGCGCCGGUACCGGUGCCUUCGAGAGCACUCUAGAUUUCGAUUUUGGUGUUCCCGAUAUUGACAUCUCCAACAUCCUGAGCUUUGACUCGCUCAAUGUUCCCUCGGACUUUCCGAUCUCAGACGACCAGUGCUUUACAUAUCCCGACUCAGCCUAUGGUACCGGCAGCGUUGAAGACGCUUCUGGGACUCGGCGAAGUUACAUGUGA